AUGACGAGACAGGUCAUGAAGUUCUGGAAAAUAAACCACCCUUCUGCUUUAGCUCGUCAAAACUUGUCGCAAGGAAUCCUUCUUACAGAUAACUGUGAUGCUGCGCUGGUAUCUCCCUUACCUUCAUCAGCGUUUACCAGUUCCUCUGAGCUGUCCAGUAUACAUAGUCCCAGCUUUGCAAAGCUCAACAGACGAGAGGGAGCUGGUGGCUGGUCUCCGCUCGACUCAAACGAGCAGCAGUGGCUCCAGAUUGAUCUAGGAGACAGGGUUGAGAUCGUCGCGGUUGCCACACAAGGAAGAUAUGGGAGCUCGGACUGGGUAACCAGCUACAUGCUGAUGUUCAGUGACACUGGCCGCAACUGGAAGCAGUACCGACAAGAUGACACCGUCUGG